AAAAAAAAAAUAAAUUAAUUAAUAAAAGAAAAUUCAAAUAAUUUAUUCAAAAACCUUCAAUUACUAUCAAAAUGAAAGUUAUCGUUCGAACUUGUCAAAUAUACGGAGGAAAUAUGUAUAAAGUAGAGGUUGAAAAUUUCGAUCAAAUUUCAGCCAUUAAACGAAAAAUAUCUGACAAUACAGAUAUCGAUUGUGAAAAUAAAAGUUUAAUAUUCAAUAAUAGACAGCUAAUUCAAGAGAUGAAAUCGUUAUCGGAUUAUGAAAUUCAACAUGAAUCCACUCUUCAUUUAAGAUGUGGACAAUGUGGUUGUUAA